AGUGAGAGAGAAGCAGUGAGAGAGAAGCAGUGGGGAGAGAGAGCGGCAGGGAGAGAAGCAGAGAGAGAGAAGCAGCAGUGGGAGAGAAGCAGGGAGAGAAGCAGGGGGAGUAGCAGACAGAGCGGUAGGGAGGGAAGACAUCUGCAACAGCACCAGAACCGGAAUCGGCAUCAGCAAGAGGAUAACCGGCAUCUGAAGCGAUAGAAGGAUCAACAUCAUCAUCAUCAACAGCAGCAGCAGCAGGAAGCAACAGGAAGCAACAGCUGAACAAGCAGCAGGAAGGAACAGCUGAACAAGCAGCAGGAAGAGCACCACGAGAGACGCCAAGGAAACAAGAAGCAGCAGCCAAGGCAGCUGUAAGGACGCCGGCAAGAGGCAGCAGCAGCAGCAGCAGCUCACACGAGCACAAUGACCAUGGAGAGCCGCUUCACGAAGGGCAAGUCGAGUCUGCUGGAGCGGAGUUUGGGUCGCGGUCGCUCCGAGGUAGCCCUCAGCGCCUUCGCUCUCCUCUUCUCAGAGAUGGUGCAGUACAGCCAGGCGCGGGUCUAUUCCGUCAGUGAACUGCAGGCGAGGCUGAGUGAGCUGGGCCGUCACGUGGGUGCGCGAUCGCUGGACACACUGGUGCUGAGGGAGCGGCCAGGACGCAGGGACACGAGGCUCCUGGGGGCCCUGCUCUUCAUUAAGGUGAACCUGUGGAAGGCUCUCUUCGGCAAGGAAGCCGACAAGCUGGAGCAGGCAAACGACGAUGUGAAGACGUACUACAUCAUCGAGCGCGAGCCGCUCAUCAACACCUUCAUCUCGGUGCCGCGUGACAACAGCUCGCUGAACUGUGCGUCGUUCACGGCCGGCGUGGUGGAGGCGGCGCUGGCUCAUGCCGGGUUCCCCGCGCGCGUCACCGCCCACUGGCACAAGGGCACGACCCUCAUGAUCCGAUUUGACGAUGCCGUGGUGGCGCGCGACAGGGCCCUUGAUACUCGCUGAUGCGCAGGCGGGGAGGAUUGGGGGAGGGCAGUGUGGGUUGGGUUUCCCAAAGUUCAGUACUUUUUAUCCAACCCCAGUCUGCGUUUCCACAUGUACCAAACUUCUCCGUGAUGUAGAGAGCACUGAUUCAAAGUGCUCUCUGCGUCGUGUGGAGCACACAAUAGGCCCCUCGAUGCUUAUUGACGCCCAUGAUAGCAGGUGAGUGGAGAUGGGCGGUGCCUCGAAAGCAGUGGGGGGAGUAUGGCGUUUUUCUUUUCCAAAGUUUAAUUUUUGCAACUGAACAACAAUUCGCCUUUUCACAUUUACCAAUCUGCUGCAAAAUUACGUGGAGUGUUGAUGAAACUUAAGCACUCUUUACGACGUGUUGAGCUUUCACCAAUCAUGAGGUGUGUGUAGUGUGUAAUGAUUUGCAUUUGAGCGGUAAAUAUUGAUAAACAUAGAGGGCCGAUCUCCCUUUCCACAUUUACCAAAAUUCUCCAUCGGGUAGAGUGCCGAUUGAAAUUAGGCACAGCAUCCAACGGCAUGUAAAGACUUGGUUUGUUUGAACAGACAACAUUGUACAAAGAUGAACUGGUUGGUUGUAAUGACUGAAGUUUGAAAUCCCUUGGGGUAGGGUGAUGAGUGAGCUCGGAUAAAAUGUAAAGGGGAUGAAUGGGAAGAGAAGGUGAAUGGGUAGGAGAAGGGAGGUGUGGGGAGAGGAGAGGGGUUGGCUGGAGAGAAAAGAUGUGGGAAUAGGGAGAUUGAUUUUUGCAGGAUACAUGGAGCUAAGCGGGGAUGAGUGCUGGUGACUGGUACUGAGUGGGAAUGACUGGAUUGAGGUCAUGACUUGCAAAUCCACCAUGGCCUCUUACCAUGACCAACUGUGACCUCACAUGACCUGCCCCCCCUCCCUCCCGUCCAUGAUCUCUCACCCGAAUCCGCUGUGACCUCCGUCCUGAACCACCUUAACUGCUCACCUGUAUCUGGUUGGGUUUAUUGUCUCCCACUCACUCACAUCAUGGCCUGCGAUUGUGUUCAUUAAAGAGGGAUGAUCACCAA